AAAUUGAGCGAGCCCAAAUGCCAUCAAUGAAGCAAAUUAAAGAAGACAUUGGUGGCAAAGGCAUCUGUAGUGGCAGAAGCAAAGAGCAAAGAGAGAAAUGGAUGGGGUGAAGCAACUAGCGCUUCCAGUGCUGGGAAUUGUAGCAGCAGCUGCUGUUACCUUUUAUGUCGUUAGCUUUUCUGAGCUAAGAGAGAAAUCAUUUAGAGAUUUAGAAGCUUCAAAGUAUGAAAACGGAGGAUUCGAUUCUUCUCUAAGCUCUAGGAAAAGGCGUGCUAGAAGAAAAGCAGAGAAAGAUGCCAAAACUUGACUCUAGUUUCACUAAUGCAAAAUUGCUUUUGCUUUUUAUUUGUAAAUUUUACAAUUGCUUAAUGGGAUUCGAACAACCAUGCCCUUUUUACAUCAAAACAGACUUGAUUUGGUUACUGUAAGUUGUAUAAUCCACACUCCAAGUAUCUGUUAGUUUUAUUUACUUUCAAUGUUAGAUGAAGCGCAUCCAUCACUAACACAAUUUAUAAUUAAAGUAAA